CAGAAAAUUUAAUUGCAAAAAAUAUGUUAGAAUGCAUAUAAUAUAUGUUUUUUGCAUACCACAAAAUGCUUAUUAUCCAGUGAUUAUUGGCUGGUGUUUAUAUUACUCAUAUAUGGCUUGUUUUAUUGGUUUACCCAAAAGUGAAAUGGAAAGCAAAGAAAGGUUUAACAAUUUUGCCAGGGAUUCAUAUUGGCCUGUUCUAACACAAUGUUUGAGUGUAAUUAUGGCAGCAGCUUGUAUAUUUGGCGGCAUAAAAUGGAUUGAAAAAGCAAACAAUAUACUUGUUCCUUUUCUACUAAUAAUAGUCAUGUUUACAUUUGGGUGGUCGCUGACGCGAACAUAUGCAGAAGUAGGAAUAAAAUUCCUAUUCACACCUACAUGGAGUAGUUUAAAAGAUCCUGAAAUGUGGAUUGCUGCGGCAAGUCAGAAUGCUUUUGAUACGGGUGCUGGUAUUGGAGCAUUAGCUACAUUUGCAGCAUUUAUGAGUAGGCAACGAGGAGCGGUACGUUAUGGUACAAUUAUUCCAAUGUUAAAUAAUUUAGUCAGUUUCAUAAGUUCAAUUACAGUAUUUUCCACGGUGUUUUCUACACUGAUAUUAAACACACCUACACUAACACGUUUAGGGAUUGUAAAGAUUAUGCAACAAACUGGACCUGGUAGUACCGGAUUAACAUUCAUUUGGUUUCCAGUUUUAUUUGAAAGUUUGGGCGUCUUCGGAAGAAUAUUGUGUCUAUUAUUUUUUGUCUGUCUCACAGUUGCUGGUUUGAGCACUACUAUUUCAGAUUUAGAAGUUUAUACAAUGGUACUAGAUGACUGUGGUGUUAAUCACAAGAAGUCCGUUGCGAUAGCUUUAACAGCAAAUAUAUUGGUUGGACUUCCGUCAGCUUUAAAUCUCAACAUUUUGGCAAAUCAAGAUAAUGUAUGGGGUAUUGCAUUGUUAAUAUCAGGUGUAUUGAUGGCCGGUUUGGUUAUUCGGUACGGACCAAUGAAAUAUCGUCGAUGCAUAGUUAAUGAAUUUGGUCUAGGCGAUUGGAAUUUACCAAAAGUAUGGAUAUUUAUGAUAACUAUUCUUGUGCCAUUACAAGGAAUAAUUCUAAUUACUUGGUGGAUUUAUGAUAUGAUUACGAGUGAUUUAUAUUGGUAUAUGUUCACAUAUGAAUCUGUUACAGCGUUGUGUGUUGAGUGGAUGAUUUUGUUAUCCUCAUUGAUUGGAAUUAACCUAAUUGCACUGUGGAGAAAAUGGUCAAUAUUUCCUGUUGCUAAGACAUAUGGAAACAAUCCUUACGAGCUAGACUUUUUGAAAGAUUGCACUAACCUAUAAUUUUUAUAGUAGUAAAUUAGUUAAUAGAAGUAUAUUUUUUUAAAUAAAAAUAUUGUUAGAAUUAAAACUUUUAGAGCUUUGUAAGCUGAAUUUUCAAAAAAAAAUUUGUAAAGAAAGUAGAAAUUUUUGUGUCAAAAAUAAAUU